AGUCACGCGUUACGGAAGUUUUAAAAAUGUGGCGCCAAAUCUCUCGGCGGAGGGCCUUGGGGUGUGUUUAAAGUGUCCAGUCUCACGUUAUAUUUGUUUUAUACGUUCUGUCAAGUACGUAGGUCAUUGUUAAAGCAACGUUAGCUCAAUGGGGAGGUCCCUCGAUCCCGUAUGCUGCUCCUCACGUCCUACAACUCGGUCAUGAAGAGGAAAUCCUGGUCAUGUCCGACCACCUGAAGCCUCUUCUCGUCGGCGUUUGUCUCGCGACUUAACCUCGCGUAACAACUUCGCCUCCCUUACCACCCCUCCUCCACCCACCCCACCCAUCCGAAUGUGCCUGCGAGUCACACCGCAGUAUGUAUGCUGAACUUCUUUCGCGCCGUACUUAAGCCGACCGCGCUAAUCGGAGGUGGGUUUCGAGGCGAGUUCGCGUUGUGUUUGCGAGCGAUUCGCACUCGAGGCCAUGGAGGAGCUCAUCAUCAACCCGCGCGUGCAGGCGGCGCUCAGGCGAGCGCACAUCUACACGUUGAAAGAGGUCAUCUGUCUUUCUGGACCUGACCUGGAGCGCAUGACGAAGCUGUCCAGUACGGACGUGAAACACCUGCAUCGUGCUGUUGCUACUGCACUCUUUAACCGCCCUGCAGUCACAGCUUUACAGAUGUGGCGAGGAGAGUGCUCGGGGCAGGGGGUCCGUCUGAGCCUGGGCUGCCCCGUGCUGGACGCCUUUCUCCGAGGAGGCUUCCCGGUGCCCGGCGUAAGCGAGCUGGUCGGGGAAAGCGCCGCGGGCAAGACGCAGAUCUGCAUGCAGCUCAGCUUGACCGUGCAGUACCCGCGCGAGUACGGGGGACUUGGAGCAGGGGCUGUGUACGUGUGCACCGAAGAUGCAUUUCCCAAUAAGCGCCUCGUUCAAAUGAUCCAAGCUCAGGCCAAAAUGAGAAAGGACGUUCCGCCAGAUGUUCUUGCAAAGAUCUCCUUCGGGGAGAACAUUUACAUUGAGCACGCAGCAGAUGUUGCCUCCUUGUACACUUGCAUCACCCGCCGCCUGCCGGUGCUGCUGUCCCGCGGUGUUGUGCGGCUGAUCAUCGUGGACUCGAUCGCGGCGUUGUUCCGCUCCGAGUUCUCCGUGCACGAGGCCGUGGCACGGGCACAGCAGCUGCGCAAGUUCGGUGCUCAGCUGCACGAGUUGAGCAACACGUACUCGGCGCCCGUCAUCUGUGUCAACCAGGUUUCUGGAAAUGUUUCUGGCCAAGACCAUGGAUCAGGUGCACAGAGUAAAGUUAUCCCUGCACUGGGCAUCACCUGGGCCCACAUGCAGCUCAUGCGGAUAAUGUUGAGCCGGGGCCACGCAGAGGGCACAGCGCCCACCGGUGCUGGCACGUGGCGAGAAGCAGGCGCCCCCACCACGCGCGCACACGCUCGCAACCGAGACGUGCCCCAACAGCCGGAUGUCGUACGCACCAUGGAGCUCGUGUUCGCGCCACACCUCCCCCAGUCGUCUUGCCGCUAUGCAGUCACCGCGCACGGGGUUGUGGGUCUCGAGUAGCACCACAGCUGUCGCUCGCCACCCACCCACACCGGAGGCGUUGGAUCAAAUGCACUUGAGUUAAGAUGGAAGCAAAUAGUUGAAACCGAUAAGCUGCUCAGUGUUUUUGUCUUCGCAGACGACAAUCAAAUCAACCUUAAUCCACCCCAUCUCAGAGCUCAAGCUAAGCCAGGUGGAGCCUGGUUUGUACUUGAAUGGAAUACUGCCUCAAAAUAUCAGUUGUAGACUUAGCAUGUAAAAGUGGCCACUCGGCCAGGAUAAUGAAAUACACUUUUUUUUAUUUCUGCAGAGCUUUAAAUGAUGUCCCCUCACAUGUCUCGGUUUUAUCUGAUUAAGUCCCCCUUAUAUUUGCACCCACAUUCCAAAAACCCUUACAUGGAAUUGGUCAAACAUCCCAAUGCAGGACUUUCCUGAAAAAGAGUUGAGACUCCUGAGUAAAGAGCAUUUAUAUUGCUGGUAUUCUGUUAAGAUUUUUUUUUUCAGAUUUAAAAAUAACAUUUUUGUGCACCACGUGGUUUCAUUUACAUUUUUGUCAACACGUGACAUGUGGAGCGUCUCAUAAUAAUGGAAAAUAUUUGAGGAAAAGAAUGUCCAGUUCCACAAAUAUUGACUGGAGAACUUUGUGCUGUAGCUAUAUUUUUGCUGCGUUAUGUAAAAUAUUAAGGGUGGUUUUAAAAAUCUAUAAAAUACCUGAACUACAUGUGUUAAAUACUGUAAUUAUAUUGUGUCAUGUUAAUAUAAUUUAUUUCAAGGAUUCUAUUGUAUUCGCAUAAUUAAAGGAACAAGAUACUGUAACCAAGUUCAGCCUUGAACGAUCAUUUUGGCUUGCGUUAAUUGUCUUACAAGCAAACCUGAUCCUCCCAAUGCCUGUGUUUCCAAAUAUAGUUCGUGUUUGAAAACUGCUAUACAUCACGAUUAUGCCACUCCUACAUCAUGCGUGUCAGAAUGAACACUAAAUUGCGCACAUACACCUGACCGGCUUAAGCCAGAGACGCCUUGCAAAUUCGCAAUUAAAAUGUAUUUACAGAUUCUGAAACCAUCCAUAUGAUCAGUGGCAUAGCAGAUAAUUUUCCAAUGUGUAAUUUUAUAAUGUUCUUUGCAGGCAAUCUUUCAUUUAAUAGUCUUAUAGUGGCUGGUGCUUAACUUACACGAUUUAAUUGUACAAAUUUGGAGUAGGGUUUUUGUAAAAGAAUAGCAUUGGAUGACUAAUUUAAAUCUAUUUCUUACCCACUAAGCAAACAAUGCUGUUAAAUUGUUCAAUCUGAUUAAAUGUGUUUACAUUGAAUUUGCAAAUAGUGCCAGUUACAGAACCACAUUGAACAAACAAAAGAUCAGCUACUUCUACUUAUUGUAACACAUUCUUUCCAUAGGUGUGACAAGGAAGAGAUUGUUUGAAAUGUACACGUGCUGUGUUUUAUUGUGCUGGCUGUAUGUGACCAGACCAUGAGCCCCCGGGCUCUUAUUCACACUACAAUCAAUCAUUUAGCAGGUAGCUUUAUUUCUAUUGCUGUUUUGUCACAUAAAUAUUAUAGAACCUUAUUCUUAGAUUCGUUACUGCCCUUUUACUGUGAACAUCAACACGCCAAUGCAGACUGUCAGUGCCUUAUAAUAUCAUAAAGCACUAUCAAUGCGCUGUUGCCAUCUCAUAGUUCUAUGCCACAAUCCAUCUCGCUUCUACUCAUGAACCUAUUUAUUAACUUCCAUCUUUGCAGUGGUCAUCUCUGUCAUUCAUUCACUAGUCUCAUCCAUUGGCCAUCAUUAUCGUACUGUGUCCUAUCCAAUACAUUUCAAGGGUUAUUACAAUGUCUCUAUUUGAUCUAUACACUAUUUUUGUCUCGGUGUAAUCCAUAGCACAGUAAAGAAAAUAUCACAAGUGCACUUCGGUGGUGAUGGGGGGGGAUAAGCGUGUUAAAUUACUACAUUCAUCCAUGCAGUGUGAACGUUUUGGGCUGUAUGUCGUAUAUUAAUAGCUUCAUAGCCCUAACCCUUGGCCUCCACGUGGGUGAAUCUGUUAAGUGUAGUAAUGACACGGUAAUGUAUUGUGUAUGCUGUGUACUAACACUGCAGAGAAUUGUACCUCCAAGACAUAAAUAAUUGUCCCACUUAUUAUGUUUUAAGCCUAAGAUUAGGCGUACAUUUUCAUAAUAAUGUUAUGGUUUGUUUAAACCCCCUUAGUGAACUUUAAAUUCCUUCUUGUAACUUCAAAAUUAAAUAAUGUAAUUAUACACUCAUGCAUGAUUGGCAAGCAGUAUUUGACUGGGAAGCUCGUGGAAAAAAAACAUCACGCAAUGCCCGGGCGGUGGCAGCUUGAGCUGGGAAUGUUUUGAACAGUUUAAGACCGAGAGGCCUGUGAUGUGAUGCCUGGUGACAAACCCAUCCCCUCGUCCUCCAAAUCAGGGCAGUAGUCGAGCUGCGAAUGUGGAGGGACCUGCCAAAAGGGCUGGAAUUUUAAUCUAAAACAUUGUUUUCGUAUGCACUAAUUAUAAAUUACAAGCAAUGCUUUAUAAGAAAACCUGACUCCCACCACCAUCCAUCCCAGAAUAAUUCCCUCAUCAAAACUCUACACCAUAGAGCUCGAUGUAUUUCUGACCAUCAUCACCUAGCCAGUGAACUGGAGCACGUACACCAAGAUGAAUGGAUAUUCAGACUACAAAAUCCGUAAAGCUAUCACCCCAACCGUUGGGAAAGAACCGUCUGAGGACCCAAUCAAGACCACCACCUUGCCAUAAAUAGCAGGGGUCACCAAAAAUAUUUCCAAAAUCAUGAACAAACAAGAUCCAGGUUCGAUUUAACACAGUACGUAAAUUCGUGAUCUGAUUUGAUCUGGGAAGGAUGUGAUCUCUGACAUGCAAUACCUCUGCGUCUACAAACUAAGCUGUCUGCGUCAGUUACAUUGGGGAAACUAAGCGACAUGUCUUGGACCGUGUUCGUGAACAUACGGCAGGUCUGAAACACGGUAGGACCAAUACCUCGGCCGUGGCUGAUUAUUGUUUUAAUGCGGUGGGCUCACGAAAUAGAUUUCUCUAAAACGAAGGUACUUUGCAAACUCACUGGCUAUCAACAAAGAUUCGUUCAUGAAGCCAUCCAUUUAUAUAGACAGACACAAUUUCAACCGAGAAGAUGGGUACAAACUGAGCAAUCAUUAGAAGGACGUUAUUAACCAGUUUAAGUCACAACUGGCUGUGAUGUUCCCAUCCUACCACUUUCCGAUGUUAGGUAUUUUCGGCUCUGAUUUUUUUACAUUAACAGAUUCAAUUUCUCACACCAACACAGCCACCUUGCUCGUCAUCCUCGAGGUUGCUGCUCGGCGAUCUCCCAUUAACAUGCUAAUC